AUGUCUGAUAAUUCAUCUAACUCUCAACUUCCAGCAUUUGGUGGAAUCUAUUACAUUCGGCAAAGUGUCAAACGAGCUUUUCAAUUGAUCUACAACUAUUCUGGACCUGAGGUCUCUACAUUUCAAUCAUCAUCGUCGUCUGCAGCUUCAUCUUCAGCUUCAUCAGAAAAAAAACGUCCAAAAUCUCGUCCAUGUUUAUGCUGGAAUGUCCAAAAUAACACUGUCACUGUUCUGAUUAUGGCAUCAUUUGAUGGAGUCAAUCCAAUAAUAAAACAAAACGAUGAUAAAUCAAUUAUCCCCAAUAUUUCAUAUGAUAAUCUAUUGAAGCACUUAGUUUCAAUUUAUCCGACUAGUCCGGUACCAGGACGUCGAUGGAUAACAAUUCAAGGUUCAGAUAGAAAUCUAAUGGAACACAAAAACAAUUCAUUCUUGAUUUUAAUUCCUGUUAUUGCUGAUUCUAAAACAAAAUGGUCACAUUUGCUCGAUGAAAAAUUUUCUUCUACUGAUUUACGAUACAUUGCCGACCUUUUAAAGGCAUUAGAUGAUGAGAAAACUGAGCAAAGAAUUCGUAAUUUUUCCAGUGAAGAAACAAACAAAUCAGUUUUAUCUGAUUCAAUAAUCCCUACAGCACGAACAUAUAAAAUUAAUCACGUUGAAAACGAUCAAAAAUUGAGCGAAAAUGAUGAAAGUAGCGGUGAAUCAAGUUAUGGGAGUGGAAAUUUAUUCAUUGAUCGAAUUAAAAUCAAUAAAUCGGACAUUGUUCAGGAUUGGCUGCAUCGGUAUAUUGACAAAAAUCUGGAUUAUCCGUGGACUGAAAGUAAAUCAGAAUAA